UAACGUGUUGGGCACUUCAAAAUGGCCUCACUAAGUUUGCCGCCAAUUCCUGCUUCUUCUUAUUCUGAGUUGUUCUUACUCUUCUUCUUCGAGUGAGGGUUUGUGGGUUGCCGUUUGGUUUGAAUCAGCUCUCCCAAUACGAGAAUUUCACAAACCCAAUGACCUCAAUCAUUCACAUAGACGACGAUGAUGAUGAAGGAUUUGAUUGGGAUGCGGCUGUUAGACAAAUCGACGUGGCUUUUCCAUCCUCGAAUCUACCCUCAACGUCUUCUGGGUUCGUUCAUCCUCCUCCUCCCGAUACUUUUGAGAACAAAAAAAGGAAUGGGGCCUCUAGCUCUAGACAAUCCACGCUCGACAAGUUUGUGGUGAAGCCAGUAUCGAAGCCUCAGCCGGAAAUUCAUAAUGUUGUCGAACCGGGGCAUGAAAAACUGCCCAACGUUCAGAUUGAUGCUGAAGCAGCCAAGACUUGGAUAUACCCAGUAAACGUUCCUCUGCGUGAUUAUCAACUUGCUAUUACAGAGAAAGCACUAUUUUCAAAUACCUUAGUGGCACUGCCUACAGGACUUGGGAAAACUCUUAUUGCUGCAGUUGUCAUGUAUAACUAUUUCAGAUGGUUCCCAGAUGGAAAAAUAGUCUUUACUGCUCCAUCUCGGCCACUUGUCACACAGCAAAUAGAAGCAUGCCAUAAUAUUGUGGGAAUUCCACAGGAGUGGACAAUUGAUAUGACUGGUCAGAUAAGUCCUACAAAUAGAGCAUGCUUAUGGAAAUCUAAGCGAGUAUUCUUUGUUACUCCUCAAGUGCUGGAGAAAGAUAUUCAAUCUGGCACUUGUUUGGUCAAAUACUUGGUUUGCUUGGUGAUUGAUGAAGCUCACCGUGCAAUGGGAAAAUUUUCAUAUUGUGUUGCUGUUCAAGAGUUAAUGAAUGUACCCGUGCAACUUAGAAUAUUAGCAUUGACGGCAACGCCUGGAUCGAAGCAGCAGACUAUACAGCAAAUUAUUGAUAACUUACAUAUAUCAACACUUGAAUAUCGUAAUGAAAGUGACCAUGAUGUCAGUAAAUACGUUCACAACAGGAAGAUAGAGUUAAUUCAGGUUGCCAUGGGACAGGAUGCUGUUGAGAUCAAUAAUAAGCUUUCAGAAGUUAUACGUCCAUACGUAGCCAGGCUUUGUGAGAAAGGAGUUCUCCCAAAUAGAGACUUUAAGACUUUGAGCCCAUGUGAUUUACUUAAUUCGAGAGAGAACUUUCGCCUAGCACCUCCUCCAAACCUUUCUGAAAUUAUGAUUAGAGAUAUGGAAGGAUUUUUUGGUUUACUUAUCACUUUAUACCACAUUCGAAAGCUACUUUCAAGCCAUGGAAUAAGGCCAGCAUAUGAGAUGCUUGAAGAAAAACUCAAACUAGGGUCUUUCGCCAGAUAUAUGAGUAGAAAUGAAGAUAUUUUUAAAGCUAAGCUAAUAAUGCAGCAAAGCUUGUCCCAUGGUGCUCCCAGUCCCAAGUUAUCCAAAAUGUUAGAAGUACUGCUUGAUCAUUUCAAAAAAAAUGAUCCGGAAAGCUCAAGGGUUAUUAUCUUCUCAAAUUUUAGGGGAAGUGUCAGGGAUAUAAUGGAUGCAUUGGCCAAACUAGGGAAUAUUGUUAGAGCUACCCAAUUUAUUGGUCAAAGUUCAGGAAAAUCAUCGAAAGGCCAAUCACAAAAAGUUCAACAGGCUGUUUUGGAGAAAUUUCGGGCUGGUGGAUAUAAUGUCAUUGUUGCCACAUCCAUUGGUGAAGAAGGCUUGGAUAUAAUGGAAGUUGAUCUUGUUAUAUGCUUUGAUGCUAAUGUGUCACCACUGAGAAUGAUUCAACGAAUGGGGAGAACUGGGCGUAAGCAUGAUGGACGAGUAGUAGUUCUAGCAUGUGAAGGAACAGAGUUGAAAGCUUACAUGCGAAAACAAGCAAAUAGCAAGACUGUGGGUAAACACAUGCGAAAUGGGGGGAUGAAUAGCUUCAAUUUCCAUCCCAGUCCGAGGAUGGUUCCCCAUAUUUACAAACCCACAGUCAACUACGUUCAGAUUUCAAUUGAAAAAUUUGUUCGCAGUGGAAAGAAAAUAAAGGAUGAUGGCUCAAUGACGACACCUUUGUUUAAAGAGAAUCUAACUGAUGCUGAGAGUAAUUUAGUUAACAAGUAUUUCCACCCUCCUGGUGGUAUUACUUGGAAACCUUCUCUGAUUGCAUUUCCUCACUUCCAGACAUUUCCCUCAAGAGUUCAUAAAGUAAUGCACUCCUUUAAAACCGGACUGCUUAUUGAUGCAAUGCAACGAGUGCAAGGACUAUCCUUUGCCAGUGACAGCAAAAGUUCCCUGAUGGAGGAUGAAGUCGGCUUUGAGAGGGGUUUUGGAUUGGAGAAUGUUGAACAUGAUAAUGAAGAAGAUUUGCAGUCUGAGGAUUACCCUUCUCAACAUAAUAUGGAAGCAACUUUUUUGAGGCCUGAAACAUCACCUACACAGACCAUAGAAACCAAUGGGAGACAUAGUGCGUGUGAUCUUCCUCACCAAAGUCCUGAUGGGCAUUCCUGUCUCUUUGGUCCGGAUUUUGUUUCUGUCGACACUUUUGGAAAUAUUUUAAUUCUUUCUGUCCCCUUACUUACUUCCAAAGGAGUUUCACAUAUGAAUCAUACAAGUGAAAGCAGUACAGCAUUACAUAGUUUAGAUAGAGUUUCGUGCCAUUUAAAAAACGUUGAGGACAAGGUGGACACAACUGCGCAAGCUGGAGGUUUAGAAGAUGUAAUGAUUCCUCAGAAAGUUUGCAUGAAGUAUGGAAGUCCUUAUUUUUUAAGUGGUUUUGAUGCUUUGAAAGGGAAAUCAUUCGAUGGCAUUAAGACAGUUUCUCACACCCCUAGUAGGAAUCUGCAAGAUGAAGAUAAUCUCAACAAGACACCUGAUGCUGAAAUGAAGGCAUCACUAAUCCCUGACGAGUACAGUAAUGAUUCCAGAGAUAAUGAACUUAGCCCUCGGCUAACUAACAUGAUCAAAAGUGGUGUUGUUCCGGAGUCUCCUACUGACAAUAAUGGAUUGUCAAAUUGUAAAGAUGGAGAAGCGUAUCUUAGUCCCAACCUUCUCUCACCUGCCCAAUUACAUAAUGAGAUUCCAUUUAAGUCCUCAAAUCCAGAGAAAAAUAAAAUAGUCAAUAUGGAAAGCGACAACUGUGGAAGAAAUGUCUCUUUUUUUCCUAUUGACAAUGCAGUUCAAACCCCUAGUCUUUAUAAGGACAACAGUGCCAGCAUGAGAGGAUGUACACAUAUGUCCCCAAUUUUAGACAAGUCUUACAGUCCACUGCCAAGCCCUAGAAGUGGCAGCUGCAGCAAAGAUUGGUGUCUCAGUAUUGCAGACAAGUCAGAAAGUGUAAAACCGACACGCAAGUUUAAAAGGCUGCGUAAGGUUGGAAAUGAGGAAAAGAAUGAGAAUCUGUGGAGAGGCCAAGAUAGUUCCUUUAACCCAAGAGCAAGGCUUGAAAAAUUGUUUGCUCAGCAUAAGAGUGGUAGAGGUAAGAAGAAGCCUGCUAACAACGCAAUAAGAGACUUCAUCGAAGAGGAAGCUGAGGUAUCUGUGGAUAGUGAUAUGUCUGAUGAUGAGGACGAGGAUGACGACCAAUAUAACAAUUCACAUGAUAGUUUCAUAGAUGACAGGACAAGUCCUACACUUACGGCUACUCAAUCUGCAAUCAGUAGGACUGACAUGAUGGCAAUAUACAGGCGUUCAUUGCUCAGCCAAUCACCAAUGCCGGGAUUCCCAAUUGGCUCUGCCACUCACAGUUCUCAUUCCACUGCUCUGACAACCAGAACAAGGGAAACAGGGAGUUGGUCCAUUGAGACCUCCAGCUCUUUCCGGACACCUCCAACUGAAUCAGCAAAUCUGUCAACGAACAGCAGCAAAGAGUCCAAACAAAUACAUAUGAAGAGUCCCAGCUCAGAAACCGUGCCUUGUACAACUGGUGUUUCCUCUAGUGUUGAGAUUGAUUAUGGUGGCCGGAAAAGGAAAUUAAGCUUUAAUGGCCCAUCAAGUAGUUCUAUUCCGACUCUGAACUUGGAGCGAGAAUUUGAGCUUCAGUAUGAAGCUGCUGGAGGAAGUGAAGCUCCACGAUACUAUGACAAAAAUAACGAAAUGGUCUGCGAUGAUGAAUUCUACGAGGGGCUUGAUCUAGACGAGGUUGAAGCACAGGCGACUUUGCUGCUUAAGCAGAAAGCAGAGUCACAAAGACGAGAGGUUAUUACACCUUAUAUACCUCCAGAAAAUCCCUCUAGUCCCAGUAUGCCGACGUUUGAUCUUGGAAUAUGAUAUGUUUAGAUGAUUUGUGCAGAGAUUAUUUGUAAAUUCUUACUUCCAAGGGGUCUUUCUUAUUGUCCUCACAAAAGCGUUUCAUGCACAAAUGUAGAGCAGAGAGGUUGGGGCAAAUUUAUAUGUAAAGUAAAUGUAAGUUAUGUAAGAUGAGGGCUUGUACAGUGUAUAUGAUAGGUCUUCUUUUAGUUAAUAAGUACGCUAUUUUUUUUGGGGAUUAAUGAUAUAUAUAUAU